AUGAAUCGAUACAAGGUAUUCAAAACACUUGGAGAUGGGACCUACGGCUCCGUGCUCAAGGCACAGAACAAGCAGACCAAUGAAUUGGUUGCUAUCAAGAAGAUGAAACAGAAAUAUUACAGUUGGGAGGAGUGCAUGAAGCUUCGUGAGAUCGCAUCUUUGCGGAAGCUCAUCCAUCCCAAUAUUGUGAAACUAAAGGAGGUAAUUCGGGAAAACGAUGAGUUGCACCUGGUCUUUGAGUUCAUGGAGGCUAAUCUCUAUGAGUUCAUGAAGUCCAGAGUUCGUGCGAUCCCAGAGAGCAAAGUUCGAAACAUCAUGUUCCAGACUAUGCAGGCGGUGAAUCACGUGCACAAGCACGGCUACUUUCACCGCGACAUGAAGCCUGAGAACCUUUUGGUCAGUGGUGACACUGUGAAACUGGCUGACUUCGGCUUGGCGCGAGAAAUCCGAGCGCGUCCGCCCUUCACCGACUACGUGUCGACCCGGUGGUAUCGAGCUCCAGAGGUUCUUCUGAGGAGCUCGAUUUACAACUCACCGCUAGACAUUUGGGCCUGUGGAGGCAUCAUGGCAGAGCUUUACACGCUCAGGCCGCUUUUUCCUGGCUCCUCUGAGAGCGAUCAGCUCUACAAGAUCUGCUCUGUACUUGGCACGCCCACGACGGUCAGUUGGCCGGAGGGCUUCAAGCUCGCAUCGCAGAUCGGCUAUCGCUUUCCGCAGUUUGUGCCGACGCGUCUGGAGACGCUGGUGCCUCAAGCCAAUGCGGAAGGCAUCCAGCUCAUGCAGGCCAUGAUGCACUGGGAUCCCAAUCGAAGAGGUUCCGCGGCCAAGAUUCUUCAUCACCCCUACUUUGAGGCCUGGCCAAUCUCACCCGCGCUUUGA